AUGAUAUCUUCUUAAAAAUUUAUAAAUAAUAAACAUGAUGUAGUAACUGAAGCCCUAGAUGGUCUUUUAAUGUUAAAUUCUAAUAAAUUAAUUCGCUAUAAAAAUACUUAAAUAAUUUAAUUAAAAGACCCAAAUCCAGACCAAAUAUCCUUAAUAUGCGGUGGAGGAUCUGGUCAUGAACCUGCUCACGCCGGUUUUGUAGAGAAAAAUAUGCUCACAAGUGCAAUAUGUGGUGGAGUAUUCGCUUCUCCUUCCCAUAAAGAGAUUUUAUAAGGAAUUUUAAGUGUCCCAAAUAAACAUGGAGUUCUUUUGAUAAUAAAAUAAUAUACAGGAGAUGUUAUAAAUUUUGAAUUAGCAGCCUCUUUAGCAAGGGCUUAAGGGAUAAAAGUUGAAACUAUACACGUUGGAGAAGAUGCAGCUUUCGAAUAAGAUAAAAGAGGACUAGCUGGGACAGUUGUUUUAUAUAAAAUUUUAGGAGGCUUAGUGUCUUAAUUCAAAUGGUAGAAUUUAUAAAAAAUAAAGGAAUUUGGAGAAAAAGUAAUAUAAAAUAUAAAAACUGUAGGAUGUGGACUAGGAGGGUGUUCUUUGCCAGGAUAAAAUGCUAAUUUUUCUGUAGAUCCAGGUUAUGUAGAAAUUGGAUUGGGUAUUCAUGGAGAGAAAGGUGUUUCAUUAAUAAAAUUUGAUAGUGCAAAGAAACUUAUAUAGGAUUUAUUAGGAUAUUUUAAUUUUUAAAAAGAUUAUUAAUAAAAUAAUGAAGUAUUAGUAGUGUUGAAUAAUUUAGGUUCUACUACUGAAUUAGAAUUGAUGAUUUUAAUAAAGGAAAUUUUAGAGUAAAUGAAAGAGAAAAAAAUUAAUGUAAAAAGAGUUGUUUGUGGUAAAAUUAUGAGUAGUUUAGAAAUGCAUGGGAUUUCGUUGACAAUUUUGAAUAUUUUUGAUCCUUUAAUUGUCGAGGUUUUAGAUUUGUAAGUUGAAAAUCCUUUUUGGGUUAUUUUUAAGAAUUUUAGUUUCGAAAUAAAAAAGAUGUAUAGAGAAAUUUCAUUUGACGAUUUUUAAAAAAUUGAUACUAAAGUAGUUUAUGAAAGCCCUUUUCAUUGUUUAAUGGAGAAAAUAUUUACUCAUUUAAUUUCUAAAGAAAAUCUUUUUAAUAAAUUAGAUGCUUAAGUAGGAGAUGGAGACACAGGGACUGGCGUAACUAGGGCUAGUUUAGCUUGCUUAAGUAUUUUGAAGCAUUUAAACUUCGAAAAGGAAGCUAAAAAAUGCUUCGCAAGACUAGGAGAAGAGAUUGCAGGAGCUUUCGGGGGUACAUGUGGCCCUUUAUAUGGUGUAUUUUUAAGCUCAGCGAGUUUAUGUUUAAAAGAUGAGUUAAAAAUGAAUGGAAAAGAAGAAUUUUUGAAUGGUCUUAAAAAGGAUUAGAUUAAAUUAAAUUUGUAGGAAAAGCUUAAAAAGGAGAUAGGACUAUGGUGGAUAUGUUAGAAUUUAUUGAAGAAAAUUUUUAGGAAAAAAUAAAUUACGAAGUGA